AAGGUGUUCAGCGCGGCCAUGUUGGAAGAUGGCAGCUGCAUGUGCGGUAUGGAGGAGUGUGCAGGAUCUGGCACAGGAGGUCCGGGAGCUCCAUGGAUCAGACGAUAUCUCUUACUUGGAGGAUCCUCCGACAGCGCUGCAGUUUCAUCGGGAUUGGCUGAGCCCAAACAGACCAUGUGUUAUACGCAACGCCUUCAACCACUGGCCAGCCCUACACAAGUGGACGUUCGAUUACCUUCGGACCUGUAUAGGAUCCAAGAAUGUGAGUGUGGCUGUGACUCCCAAUGGCUAUGCUGAUGCCGUAUACAAGGACAAGUUUGUCAUGCCGGAGGAGAGAUCCAUGAAGCUGGCACAUUUUCUGGAUAUCAUUGAGAAGAAAACCAGCAGCCCAGGAGUGUAUUACAUCCAGAAACAGUGCUCCAAUCUGACAGAGGAGUUCCCAGAACUGAUCGGAGACGUGGAGAAUAAUAUACCAUGGAUGAGCGAGGCUCUAGGAAGGCGCCCAGAUGCUGUAAAUUUCUGGCUGGGAGAGUCUGCAGCAGUGACUUCAUUGCAUAAAGACCACUACGAGAACCUCUAUUGUGUCAUUUCGGGAGAGAAGCACUUUAUUCUUCACCCACCAACUGACCGCCCUCUUAUCCCAUAUGAAUUAUACCAGCCAGCAGUAUACCAGGUAAAUGAAGAUGGAUCAUUUGUGGUAGUUGAUCAGGAGUCUGCAGAAAAGGUGCCUUGGAUCCCUGUUGAUCCACUGGAUCCAGAUCUGAGUAUGUACCCAGCAUACAGUCAAACGCGGCCACUGCACGUCACUGUUAGGGCUGGAGAAAUGCUGUAUCUACCUUCUCUGUGGUUUCACCACGUGCGCCAGUCCCAUGGCUGCAUUGCAGUGAAUUACUGGUAUGACAUGGAGUACGACAUCAAAUAUCAUUAUUUCCAGCUGCUUGACUCUCUCUCUAACGUCAUGAAAAACUCUGGAUUGAACACAAAUCAUGAAGCUGACCAGAAAGAAAAGAUGACAUGACUGUCUGAUACGGCUCUAUUUAAUACCAGCACAAGGGAAGACUAUGUAAAUUGUCUUAUAAAAAGCAGACAUUGCGACGUAUUGAGCACCGCAGGACAGUACUGAAUUCCAACGUCAGAUCUUGGUUGUGGAGGAUUACACCAGAACCUGGCUACAGAUGUUACUGAUUGUACAGUCAGAUUGUAACUUGUGUGGCCAGUUUAACCCAAAAGUAAAGUCAGAAAGUUGUCAUUAUUUAAAGCAUACUGUACAUAUUAUUAAAUGUUGUUGUUUCCAUCCACAAAAA